GUCACUGCCGGCACCCUGCCCGAACUACACAGAAAGUGCGCCGGAUCGGAGUGUCGAGAUGCGGUGGUGUGCGCUGAUUUUGCUGUUUACGGUGGUAACGACGACAUUCGCCGGUCCAGACCCCAAGAAGUACAAGCCGGGAACAAAAGAAAAGCCUGCGUCCACAAGCCUGACUGAUGCUGAAAGAAAAUUUCUUAGAGAAGUAGAAGCCAAGUUUGGAGUGAAGCCGGACGUUUCUGCUGAAACAAAAGACACAGAUGCGGAUAAAAAGGACGAUAAAAAUGAUAAAAAAGACGAUAAGAAAACCCCUACUUUCAAACCUCCAUUCCCAGCUGUAAUUGCCAUUGAAAUUGUGAACGACACUGACUCUGACAAAAAUACAGGUAAAGGGAAAAAGAGGACAAUCGAUGCUAAUCUUGGCUACGGGUAUCGCACCAACAACGGAUACACAUACUCGUACUUUGGCAACCCCACGCAGGAAAAGGGCAAAUUCAUGAUCUACCCUUACUCCCAGGAAGACAUCCCUGCAGCAAAUCCUGUAAAAUAUCACGAGUCUCUGAGAGCAAGUGAAGUAGAAAUACAACCUUCACAGGCCUACGAACUUGUUCCGGUCAAAGAGCAAGACACUUCGUAUGAAUACAAGAAACCGAGCGUUGAAUUUAAAGAAAACAUUCAAGGCCUACAUUCACCCCCACCAGCGUAUCCUGAGCACGCACAUAACUCCGAGACUCCAUCAUCAGUUCUGUACACAACGUACAACGGACAUCAGUUCUCUGGACUUCAAGAGAACUUCCCCAAAGUCAUGUCCAAUUAUCUGGUGGAUCCAUCGCAGCUGUUACAAAACCCUCAGUACCAAAGCUCAGGUCUGACACAAGACGUGCUGCACUCCCAUGGGCAGCAGCUGCAACAGCGAGUGGUCCCCGUCCUCGUGCUAAGAAUCCCAAGUUCCUACCUGAAAAACCCAUCAGCAGAAUUAUACGCGAACUUGCCCCAAAACUACCCACUUUCAGGUUACUUGAAUAACGUAAACUUACAAGAUUUGGUGAACCAAUACUUCAAGAAAAUUGGAUACCCAUUCGCUCCUCAGAUAAUGUCAUACCAGCACACGUCACCCGUAGCUGAAACUCAGGCUGAAGCAUCAUCCCCUGAGUAUCAGCCACAGCAAUAUGCUCACCCUUACGUCCAGCCAUCGUACACGCACUCGGACUACUCCGGAGUGCAGUACUCGGCGGUGCAGCCCGUCAUGGCGAAGUACCCGGCACUGCAGAACUACUACAAACAGCAGUACUACACGUCACAGUCGCAGCCGCAGUACAGCCAACCCCAGGAACAUCAGCACUACGAGUAUCGCUACCAGUACAGCCAGCCAGCCCAGCCCGCGCAGCCGGCGGCGCGUCCGCAGCACAACUACUACGUGCAGCAUUACCAGUCCCAAGUGGCUUCCCAGGCGGCAGCUCACGAGGCACAAGCACAAGCCCACGGUCAGAGUUACCAGUCAGCUCCAAACGCUGAUUAUGAGGCGUCCCAGGAGCAGUACACUAGUCAAGAAUCCGAUGCCGCUUAUGAAGCUCCAGAACAACACCAAUCUCAACAGUAUGAAUCACAGGGAGAUUCUCAAGAGCAGGGUUACGAAUAUGGUACGCCUAAAGAAAAUGUUGAACUGAAUACGGGAGAAACACUACCUCACGGUAACGAACACACGAAAGUUGCAAUUCCCGAGGGCUACGAGGCGGCCAAGCCCGACACCACUCAGUACUCACAAGAAAUUACUCACGAAUAUUACACUCAACACCAGUCUGCGCAGCCCGUCGUGCAGAAGGAAACUAAAACCAUCACCAUCUACCCUUCAUCAUCGGGACACGCCACGAAAUACAUAGUGCGGCCAGAAUCAGGAACAGUGCAGAGCUAUGUUUACCAGAAACACGCGGGAGACGAGUCAUCGUCCAGUCAUUCUCUAGUUAUAUCAGAAAACUAUCCCAGUAAGGACCACACACAGGCUCAUACCAACGUGUUCCCAGUAGGAUACAAGAACCACAAGUCUAGUGCGGAAGCGCAGCAAUCAGUGAGCUACGUCACGCCCGUGCCGCAUGCAGGAAACAAAUACCAAUCGAAAUUCCGUAUCAUGGUUCCCCAGACAGUCUUCAAGAGCCAGAGCGAGCCAGUGUCCUACGUGAACUCCCACUCUUCACCCAUGCACUACCUUAGUUCAACGAAUGCUGAUGCGAACUCCGAGGAGGAGUACAUCACCAGCAAGCAGCACGUGCCUCCAGUCGGCAGUCAGCGGCCCAUCGGCUACCCCUCCAACUACCACAGUCACAAGCGGAUGGCCAGCAAACAUGACAGCAAACUGGAGUCGGCGAGAGCGAAAAAAGAACAGAAGGAAAAAACAGAGCAGAAAGAAUCCGCGUAAUUUACGUACUCGAUAAGUUACAUUUAGAUUGUUGAUGAUUUCAGACGCAUGAUGACGGUUGAAAGAUUAACGGUUUACGAAUGAUUGAGUAACAUGACAGAUGAUUAUAUCGCUUUAAAUUAGAUCAGUGCCAUUAGAGCAAUCAUUUGUUUGUUGAAUGGGCUACUUCUAUGCUUCGCCGUCGAUGUUUGUUGGUAGGAUGGAAACCAUUAUAAAUUAUAUUUAAAUUGUAAAUAUUAGGUUUAUUUAGCUAGGCAAAGGUAUUAAAUAAUUUAAUCAAUCGUUGUAUUUUCGAAUUUUAAUUGUUGUUACUAAAUGUGUAUCUUGGUGGGACUCACCAAUGUCAGCUACUGACAAUACUUGACUAGUUUCACAUCUCACUUAUUUUUAUGUUGGCUGUCGUAGUGUGCAAUAUACUCAUAUUCUAAGCUAAGCUUUUUUAUAUAAAUAAUAGUACAAAAUGUAAUAAACUAUUACAAACUUA